CUUAUGGACAUGCCAUUUUAAUCCAUAGUGCAUGUUAUAGCUCUGUAUUCAUAUUUAUAACAUUUGACGUACGUGUAGUAAGAUAUAUGGCAAAGAUGGAUAUUAAAACGAACGCAGUAGGACACUUGACAGUUGUAUUGCUGACUGGUAUAGCAUUAGGCGUUACUACUUUUAAAUUAGAUCUGGAAAGCCGAAACGUGUGUCGACAAUUUACAGCUGACGACGGCGUGAGGAAUAUAAUUAAAUCAAAGCUGAAGUCGGUGGUGCCGUGUGCCUGUUCAGAAAAGCAGAUCAUUCUUGAUUAUUCCUUUGAAAAAAUAGGACACUGUUAUCGGCAAUGGUUCUUCGAAGACGAUGUUAAACAGAUGUGCUGUUAUAGAGCUGAUGGCAUGUUACAAAUCGGGCCUCCACAAGGCGGUUAUUUGACGUUUGAAUCAUUCUGGAAAAACAUGUCUGAAAUACAAAGAAGCUGUUGUCUCCAGGAGACAACGUGUGGCAUAUUUUAUGACAUCAAUCCCUCUUAUGACUGCAGUGCUUAUCAGUCUUCUACACUGGUCACGUCUUUUGGUGAUCCGCAUAUUGAAACAAUAGAUGGUGCUGAAUUCGACUUUAAUGGUCAUGGUGAAUAUGUCUUCUUAAAAACGAGGUAUUUUAGGCGUUUAUACAAAACUCUACGUAUUAGUCAGGCAUUUUCAAGACUAAUUUUAACACGCAAACUACGAGAUUAA